UUCUUCUCCUCAUUUCCACUCCCCUAUUUACCGCGCUGCUAUGCUUGGCCGACAUUUGAGUUUCGAGCCCAAUCGAUCUGCUGCUUCUAGCGCACUCGAUCACCCCUGAUUCAUCACCGGCAACUGAUUAGAUGAGCGUGGCAUCUGGAGGCGGAUCUCCGCCGUCGGAGUCAGCCGAGCCGCUGUACUCCACUGAGAAGAUAUCGGUGUGGUGGGACAUAGAGAACUGCCAAGUCCCCAGGAGCUUCGACCCGCACGUUAUCGCGCAGAACAUUAGUUCGGCUCUGGUGGCGAUGAACUACUGCGGCCCUGUUUCCAUUUCCGCCUACGGUGACACUACCAAGCUCUCUCCAUCACUUCAACAUGCCCUGAAUAGCACCGGCAUCUCCCUCAACCAUGUUCCAGCAGGUACAUAUGCACUGCUUACAUGAACUCGCACCCUAUAUGACUGAAGAUGCGUCAUGCGAAAUUGCGAAUGUCAAUGCGUUACAUACGGUUGUUAGUUGUGGCUUUUGAGCGGAUCGUCGCUCUACUCGGAUAAUAUAUAUUAUGAAUUUGUAGCAUUGUGCGGACAAGAUAGGUUUAGAUAUUUCAGCUAUUUGUUGCGAUCAAUUUGUGUGGUAGGUUUAAUCACCAACAUUAUAUCUUUGUUGUUGAGUACACCUUCUAUACAGGUGAAGUUAGCUUGUUAGCUGUGCGGACGAUAUGUAUUAGGCACUUCACGACUUCCAUUGAGUGUCCGAGUGAAAAUCGGAACAUUGCUACUAUUGCCGGAUUCCAGAUGUAGAAAUCUAGUGGAAUUCAUAUUUCAUCCGUUUCGCUUUUUCCUUGCUUUUCUACUCUAUCUUUUGAUAUAAUCUCUAUAAUGGAUGUUUCUUCUUUCAUUGAUAUGACAUUGCAUGAGCGGUGAGCCAACACUUUUUUUCUAAGUUAUUUUUCUAAAGGCAUCUUUCAAGCUCCUCUGAUAAACAGUUGCUUGGAGUGAUCUCUUCUAAGUGAGAUUAGCAAUCUCUAGAUCCACCUGUUUUAUGCUUUAGAAAGUUCUGAAUAAUCUUGGAAGUUUUUUACUUGUUGGUCUGAAAUUUUAUCAGUUUGGUGAGCUCUAGUGUGUCUGUCUAUCUUUACCAGCAUAGUUCUUGUGAGUUUCUUCAAGGCUGUUGAGGAAUUGUUAAGUGUUUACACUUAUUAAGUAUGAUGACUCACUGAGUAUUUCUUGUAAUUACCUAUUAAGUGCUUAAGGCCUAGUUUGGUUGGAGGGUUUCGGAGGGGAGGGGAGGGAAGUGAGAGAUUUGUGUGUGUUUGGGUGAAGGAAAUAGGGGGAAGGGGAGGAAAGUGGAAGGUUUCCAAAUCCUCCACUUCCUCCCAUUCUAAACCCUCCAAAUCGGGGUAUUUAGGAGGAAACCUGUUGACAACCACAAACUAUCCAUUUCCUACGUAAAUGGACAAAACGUUAUAAUAUAAAAAAGGUAAAAAUAAAAAGUUUUGAAAUAUUACAAAACUUAAAAUUUUAAAAAUUACUCCCUCUGUCCCAGAAAAUUCUUCCAACUUUCCUUUUUGGGAUGUCCCAGAAAAUUCUUCCAACUUCACCUUUUUGAUUAUUUGUGUGGCCCACAUUCAUUUCACCUUUUUCUUACACAAUUACAACCAUACAUUUCUACUUUAUUUCACUACCUAAAUAUGCGAUCCAACUCAAAGUUGGAAGAAUUUUGGACGGAGGGAGUAAAAGAUUAAAAAAUUAAAAACUAAAAAAUUUAAAAAUAUAAAAUUUAAAAUCUAAAAAAAUUACAAAUUUAAAAAGUACAAGAUAAAUAAAUUAAAAAAAAAUAAAAAAAAAAAUUUAAAAGCAAAAAAGUAAAAAAUCAAAAAAUCUAAAAAAAGAUAUUAUGACUAAUGACUAUAGGAGUAAUAUUCACCAUAGUUAGAGAUAUAUCUAUUUUUUUAACUAAGCUUUCAAAUAAAGGUAAAUUGGGAAAAUAUUUUCAUUAAACCUUUCCUUCUAUUUCCUCCAACCAAACAUAAAUUUUUAUCAAAAUCCUUCCUUCCCCUUCCCUUCCCUUCCCUUCCCUUCCCUCCGUGACUCUCCUCUUCCCUCCCCUCCAUUGAACCAAACAAGGCCUAAGGGUUAUUUAGCUGAACUUUUGCUGUUUCUGCUGACUUUUCUGAAAGCAAAGGCAUUUGUAAUAUCAUUUUUUUUGCCAAGAAAGUAAGUCACUCUGCUAAUAAUAAGCAAAUUAAUGUAAAUAGGGGUCUAAUUGCUACGAAGUAUUUUUUAUUUGAAGACAUCAUCAUUUGAUCAUAUAAUGUGCAGUUUAUGGUGUUCCAUGCAUUAGAAGUUGGUUAAAAGAAACUAUUUUGGACAAAUUAGGUGCUAAAGAUGCUAGCGACAAGAAGAUUCUUGUGGAUAUGCUAUUCUGGGCAGUGGACAAUCCCCCUCCUGCAAAUUAUCUGUUAAUAUCUGGCGACCGGGAUUUUUCAAAUGCUCUCCACCAGUUGCGAAUGCGUAGAUAUAAUAUUCUUCUAGCACAACCUCAAAAAGCCUCGCCAGCUCUUGUUGCUGCAGCAAAAAGUGUAUGGCUAUGGACAAGUCUUAUAUCUGGAGCUCCACCUCUUACUAAUACUGAAUUAAAGCAAUUAGCGGUGCAAGUUGGCAUUUCAACCCAUUUAAAUCAAUCUUCGAAUACAUUCCGUGAAAGUCCUCACCACUCGAAUCAGAAGUUCAUCAACAUGGGAAAGGGUUCAGAUGUUAAUUCUAUGGGCAAACAAAUCCGAAGAAAUACUUAUCUACCUAGUAGUAUGCCAAGAACUUCAAAUGCAACAGUACAAUAUCAAUGGUACCCUAAAAGUUUCAAUGAUUCUCAAGAUUUAUCUUCUGCUGCUCCUAAUUCAGGAAUUAUUCCUUCGAGUGGAGUUCAGCCUGCUCCAAAUAUCAGUAACCCUGUGUCUUCUUCAAUCAAUGUGCUUAAUACACCAAAACAAUACCAAAGUUCUCCAACAAUGCCAAUAACGCCAAACGUGCCACCAGCACCUCCAAAAGGUCCAGAUUAUCGCAACAUUGAUGUUAAGAAGGCUCUUGAGAUUGCACUUAAAAAUCAAAUUGUAGUAAUGCAAAACUUAGGAUCUUUAGAACUCUAUGUCCGCAAGAAUGGUAAAUUGUGGAAGUGUGUCAAUCCCCUUGAUGGAAAUCCAGAGGAUUAUUCAACAGAAAUAUGGGAUAAAGUUCAUGAAUUCAUGUCAUCUUCAACUGGAAAAUCUGCUCUGAGCGCUACCCAAAGCAGGUAUAAGGGAUACUCGAGCACUGUGAUAGUUUGAUUAUCCACAUUUCAAAUUUGGAUGUUUUUUAGGCGUGACACCUGGGGUUUCCACCAUUACGAAACAUAUUUUCUAUGCAUGUUGAUAUAACCUAUGAUUAUGACAGUUUUGGAACUUUUAUUUCAUUAUUUCUUCUUUUGAAGGCUGUGAUAGGAAUGGCAUCUGGUAUAAAAGCAUUGCCACUAUGGUUGCUAGAAUUUGUAGUAUUAAAAUAUUACUUAGUUUUAUUUUAUAAAAUGGCACUAUAAAGUUAGUGCUAUCAACCCCAACAGUUGGGAUAAGGUCUUGUUGAGAAUGAUGAUGAUGCACAUUUUGUAGGAUUGAGAAACUUAUUUGAAAAUAAUCACGGAGAAUUAAUAAGAUGAUCGUGAGGCAUGUAAUUGGAUGUAUAACACCGGGUUUCACAUCACAUAUGUUUAUUUCUUUUUUGAAAAUGGUUUUGGUGGAUUUUGGAACAUGAAUGUGUUUCUCUUUUAAUGAUUUGCUUCUCACAAAAGUCAUUGUGUUUUUAUUGAAUUGCACUUAUGACAUUAUUAUUGUGUUUUCUUGUAGGUAUGAAGCAGCUACCGUUAUAAAGGAGAUGUGUUUUAAAGAACUAACUGUAGGUGAAGUUCUUAAAAUCUUACACGUGGUUAUAAAUAUCAAGAAAUGGAUGAAACCUCAUCCAUCAGGAUGGCUGCCAAUUAGGAUUGCUAUUGCAUAGACUAACGCUACAUAAAUCUAGUCCAGGAGGGCCUACUAUACUUAACUCUCUUAUUUGGAGCAUAAGCUAGUAAAAUUUUGACCCUCUUCCAUGUUUUAGUGAAAAUCAAUUAGUAAGUGUUACUUCAACAGUUAGAGCAAGUGCAUUGUGUUUUGGAGGUUUGGAAACUAUUAGACAGCCUCGUCGGUAGUGAACAGGAGAAUCCAUAGAGGUUGAAUAGAAGGGUAAAAAUCACUCUUGAUAAGCUACCAUCCAACAAUAGCUGGAAAUCGCUAUAAUGGAAUUGUUUAUAAUGGAAAUCACUACAUGGAGCAUAUAAGUCAUGUUUUUGAGUCACUAAAAAUAUACUCGUGGGUUUGUUUUGGUAAAAAACAUCAAAGAUUGGAAUGUUGUUAGAAAUGUGUUCUGCAGUUAAACUGCAAUUUCUGUUACAAGAUUAUCUCUGUGGAAACAUUGGAGGACAUGUUGAGUUGGUGACUGCACCCGAAUGGAGAAAAAAUCAUCUAUGGAUAUGUCAUCUUCUGAAUGUUAAGAUGCUUGAGCAGGUUAGGGCCGACCACAAUUCGGUUUGUUAUUGAACAUCCGAGAUUUACUGAUUGAAAGAAGUUAUAGAGGAAUAGUUGUAGUAUGUUGAACAUUGAGAUUGAUAUUACUAAGAAAAAUGGAUGCUUGGUUUCUUUUUGCAUUUUGAAUCCCUUCUGAUUUUUAUAGAUGUCUUGUAACAUAAUACACCUCAAACUGGCUUUAUGGUUUCACUUCACACUUGCAUUGAAGAGUAAGAGUGUAAGACCUCCAACCUUUUCAUGCGUAUAUAUAGUUUCUCUUUCAUUUUGAUUAUACUUGGAUAGAGUUGAGCCUAUGGCGCUUUGAUCAUACUCCAACAACAACACUAAUAUUACCCUAGUGCUGCAAGGGCUCCCAUUGGAGGUGGGGUAAGGGGGUGGGAUGUAUGCAACCUUACACAUGUACUAAAACAUAGAGAGUAAAGCAUAGAGAGGUUGUUUCCUGAUGACUCAUGAUGAAAAUUGCUUCGAAAAUUGCAUAGACUAAUUGCUACUUCAUAACAAAGUAACACAUAUAGUUUAGUGAAUUAUUUUGCUUUAUUCCAUCAUAUUCUCAAGCCAAAAGAUAGUGAGCCUUCACUUCAAUUGGAAAUUAUGAAAAAUUUCAAUCAUACUCCACCUUACUAUUAUUUUGAUUGAUUGCCAUAGAGCCAAAGCUCGAAUGCUUCUUCACUUGAUUCAGAAAUCGAUUCUCUCAAAAGGAACCAAGUCACAACCGUUUCUCUCUUGAGAUGUCCAUACUCCAUAAUGUCAAAGUCCUUGUCACAGUAUCACUUCUAUCAAU